AUGAGGCCGUUUCAUGGCCGAGUUCGUGACGUGGUAAUGACGCUGAAGCAACGUGAUGACGUCAUGUACGCACACGCUGACGUCGGCCGGAACCCGCGCGAUUGUCGGACCGGGCUGACAGGGAGCUGUAGUCUAUUCCGGUGGUGGGUAAGUUAAUUGCAUCUUUUAUUUUUGGUAUAUAUGUGUAUUCUUGUAUUAUGGUUGAAAGUGUGUAUAACAUACUGAAACGUUGAUUUUUUUAUAAAGAAGAUUAAAAGCUAAGUUUUAUAUCUAUCUAAGUCCUGGGAGUGCUAUCUUGUUUAUCUAUCUUUGUACUUUUGCAUGAUAAGCACCGGGCAAGUAUAUUUCAAUUUUCAUGGAGUGCAAGAUUAUUUUUUCUUUUUAUAUAUAUAUAUAUAUAUAUAUAUAUAUUAAUUCUACAUAUAUAUUUAUGUAAUAUUUUUACAUAAUUAGGUAUCUUAAUUAAUUACAAUUAGUGGGACCUGCCUGACAACCCAUGCUGAAAGUAAAGGGAAUUUAAUUUGCUAGCACUAUAUUUAACCCUAUAACUUUCCAAGACACCAUAAAACCUGUACAUGGGGGGUACUGUUCUACUCGAGAGAUUUCGCUGAACACAAAUAUUAGUGUUUCAAAACAGUAAAAUGUAUUACAACGAUGAUAUCGCCAGUAAAAGUGAAAUUUUUUGCAUUUUUCACGCACAACCAGCACUUACACAGACGAUAUUAUUGCGAUACUUUUUACUGUUUUGAAACACAAAUAUUUGUGUUCAGCGAAGUCUCCCGAGUACCCCUCAUGUACAGGUUUGAUGGAAUUUUCAAAAGUUACAGCUUCAAAUAUAAGGCUUGUGUUUAAUUUUGUUCACAUUAAAAUUCGCCAGAUUGGUUACAUUGCCUUUGAGACCCUAUGGUUGCCCAAGAAUGAAACUUAUCCCUAUGAUGGCAAACCAUUUGCAAUAGUAGACAACCCAAGGUAUUAUAAAAGGGGUAUGUCCAGUCUUUUUUAGUAGCCACUUAGUCACAAACACUGGCCAAAAUUGGCGUGUUUUGCAUUUUUCACACACAUACAAAUACUAACGCUAACUUUGGCCAGUGUUUGUGACCAAAUGGCUACUAAAAAAGACUGGACAUACCCCAUUUGCAAUACCUUGGGUUGUCUACUAUUGCAAAUGGUAUGCCAUUAUGGAUGUACAUUUAAUUCCUGGGCUACUGUAAAGUACCAAAGGCAACGUAACCAAUCCGGCGAAUUUCAAUUUCAAAUGUAACAUACUAUAUUUGACCCUGUAACUUCCCAAAACGCCAUAAAACCUGUACAUAGGGGUUACUGUUUUACACGUGAGACAUCGCUGAAUACAAAUAUGUGUAUUUUAUUGCAGUAAAAGCAAACAGUAUUAUGGCAUUGACAGUUAAAAUGUCAUGUAGAACUAAACAUUUUUUAAAAAAAAUCUUAUUUUCUCCCUAUUUUUUCAUAUUAAAUUAUGUUUCAUAGCUAAUUAUUUGAUAUUAAAUGAAAGCCCUGUUUCCCCUGAAUAAAAUGAUAUACAAUAAGGAUGGGUGCAUUUAAUAUGAAAGAGGUGAAUUACGGUUGGACAGGCAUGUAGCGCAAAUGCCAGGUUUUGUUUACAUUUUGUUUUGUUCACAACGUGUACAUUUGGCUGUGUCCUUAAGGGGUUAAAAAACAAACACAUUUCCCUUGAUACAGUCCAUACACACUGUAACGCCACCCUCAGCAUAAAAGGGUUAAACCGCCGUUUAGUAGGUCUUCCCUUCCAGAGACACAGGCACAGCUACUGCAGAACACCAAUCCGCCGAACCGCAUGUAAGGGAAUGCUCCAAAAACGCCCGAACUGCAUACAAUAUAGCACUCCAAACUCCCGAACUGGAACCAUACAAAUAGCUGCUAGCAGACGAAUAGGAAAAAACACCCAAGUGGCUUACACUCCUAGCAAUCAGUCUCUAUCAGCAUACAGUAAAUCCCCCCAAAGACGAGACAAGGCUCCGUGUUGAGGGUCAAGCAAUGGUCAGACAGAGCUGUGAGUUUAUUGUUCUUAUAUACACAUUAGUACCACCCACAGGGUUUUGGAACACAACCAAUAAACACAUACAAUACACUCAGACACUCCCACACAAAAUCCUCCCCUCUGCCUGUUAUACAAUUACCUUGCACAAUGGGUAAUGUAAUUAUCACAAACAGAGAAAUACAAUUUUUCCACAUUAUUCAAAACUUGAAAAGUAUGCAUCACAUUCACAAAAACUUACAUUUUCAGAAUCAGCAUACUCCAAAUACAAACAUAUGUCAAAAUCAUCCAAAUUGGUCCAGCGGUUCAAAAGAUAGAUCGUAGUCCUUUGUGACCAAAUGAAGCAUGGCUUUUCUGCCCAAAACCAGUUCCACAGAGUCUUCUAUCCUGCAAAAGACAGUAAAAUACAAUAAACUAUAUCCAAGGGAGUGCUCCUGAUUGAUUACAUUUUUAUAUAUAUAUAUAUAUAUAUAUAUAUAUAUAUGCAGCUGCGGGCCCCCGGCUCCAUGUUACUACAGAGGGGAACCAGCACACUGCUUCUGCACAUUCAGCUUGUCUCUCCCAAUAACUCUCGCGAGACUCACGGCCUUCACAACGUCGCCACGGGUUACCAUGGCAACACUCCGCGCCACAUGCUCGCGAGAGUUAAUGGGAGAGAGGAGCUGAAUAUGCAGAAGCUGUGUGCUGGGCCCCCUCUGCAGUAACAGGGAGCCGGGGGCCCCACCAUGCCACCAGACCACCAGGGAAUGGAAUCUACCCCCUCCCUGGACACAGGUAAAAAGCAGGGAGGGGGAAAUAACAUUUAAUAUAAACUUGUUGUUAAAUUAAUGUAAAAAUGCCCCCCCGCCCCCUUUGCAGGACACACACACUACAUACACUACACUGACACACACACAUUGCAUACACUAAUACAACACACACACUACAUGCACUACACUGACACACACACAUUGCAUACACUAAUACAACACACACACUACAUACACUACACUGACACACACUGCAUACACUAAUACAACACACACACUGCAUACACUACACUGACACGCACACUGCAUACACUACACUGAAACGCACACUGCAUACACUAAUACAACACACACACUGCAUACACUACACUGACACGCACACUGCAUACACUAAUACAACACACACACUGCAUCCACUACACUGACACACACACACUGAAUACACUAAUACAACACACACACUGCAUACACUACACUGACAUACUUUGCAUUCACUACACUGACACAAAGUCUGCACUCAAAAUACACACAGCAUCCACAUACACAUACAUUCUGCAUUCACUAUAAUCACACUACAUUCAAACACUCUGCAUUAAUUAUACACAGACACUGCAUCUAACACACACACACUGCAUCCACUACAGACACUGCAUACACUACACUGACACACACUCUGCAUACACUACACUGACACACACUCUGCAUACACUACCCUAACACACACUCGGCAUUCACUUCACUGACACAGACACUACACAGUUUGCACUCACUAUACACACAUCAUCCACUACACACACAUUCUUCAUUCACUAUACUCAUACAACAUCCACCACACAUUCAAACACUGUACAUUCAUUAUACACAGACACUGCAUCUAACACACAUACACUACAUCCACUACACAGACACUGCAUACACUAGUACAACACACACUCUGCAUACACUUCACUGACACACACUUCACCGACAUACACUCUGCAUACACUACCCUGACACACACUCUGCAUACAACACACACAUACACUUCACUGACACACACUUCACCGACAUACACUCUGCAUACACUACCCUGACACACACUCUGCAUACACUACCCUGACACACACUCUGCAUCCACUACCCUAACACACACUCUGCAUUCACUAUAUUGACACACACUCUGCACUCACUAUACACACAGCAUCCACUACACACACAUUCUGCAUUCACUAUACUCACACUAUAUCCACCACACAUUUAAACACUCUGCAUUCAUUACACAGGCACUGCAUCUAAUACACACACACUACAUCCACUACACCAACACACUCUAUAUUCACUGUACACACACUACAUCCAGUGCACAAACGCACACUACAUCCACUACACAAACACACUCUGUAUUCACUAUACACACACUACAUACACUACACAAACACACACACUGCAUCUAAUGCAUACAAACACUACACGCAUUACACAAAUGUAAAAUCUGCAUCCACUAUACACACUGCAUUCAUUAUACACUCACUCUGCAUCCAUUACACGCAUUCUAAUUCUACAUCCACUAAACACACACCACAUUCAGUCCUGCAUCCUUGUGGACGGACUCAGAAAUAUGUGGGCGGAGUCGGGGUGGGCCCCAGGGGCCCAGACCUUGAGCUUUGUUAGGGGCCCCAAAAUUUCUGAAUGCAGCCCUGCUGAUUGCUCCCGCCGCCCGUUUUCCGUUAUAACGGUUCAGGACCAUCACCGGUCCUCAAUGGUAUGUUACAGAUGACGGUCCUGAACCGUCAUCGGUCCUCACAGGGUUAAAAUAAAUUCCAGUUUAAUUUACUAACAUAUUUAGUCUUGUUAAUGGAACAAUUUCUUACUCAUCAUUAAACUACAAACAAAAAUAUGUUGCUUCUACCAAGAGUUUCAAAAAGCAUUUUGAUUUAAGUUGUUAUAUAUCCUCUUCUCUGCAGAAAAAAAGUUUAAUUUAACACGGGCCAAUUGAAACCAGAGCCCUCUGGCAUCAUUGUUUUCUAUCACAAAAUUAACUGAGAAGAAAAUAGUUCUGUAUAGUAUUUCCAAAGUGAUGUUUAUCCAAGAAAUGGGAAAUGCAGUGUUCAUUUUUUAAAUAAAAAUGCAGUAUAUCACAAACUGCAGUCACACAAAAACCCAUUGUGUCAGGAACAUAAGUGAAAAUAUAGUUUUUUUAAAUCUACUGCAAAAUAAACCUUUAUUACAAAAAGUCUUAAGUCUAUUCAUAUAGAUGAGUCGUAAUUAUUUAUUUCUGACCAGAGAAUUCUAAAGAAAUAACUUCUAAUAAAAAAGACCCAAUUAUUCAUUAGUGACUGUAAUAAAUAUGUACAGUAUAUGUAAGGGUGAUUAAAAUAAGUAUUUUUAUGUAUAUACCUUCUUCUUUAAAUGACUAAAUGGAAUAUCUUUCUAUAUAACCCAAAAAUAUUAAAGCACAAUCUGAUAUUCUGUAGGAGAAAAUAUAAAUUGUUUCUACUAACAAUUCAAACAGCAACACAUGCAUACAAAUUUAACAAAUGGUACAACUUAAUUAUGUUACAGAGGAAAGAUAUAUUUGAUGGAGAGUGAGCAAAUGUGUCCAGAAAGCCAGGAGAACAGGCAAUUGUUCUUUGUAUACUGUUAUUUUUAUAGAUAUGACUAUAAUUAUGUCAGAACUUUUUUAGCUAAACCUCUAUAAGGACACAUUUAAGACCCUCAAUCCUCUUACAAAACCAUGCACCCACAUUCUAGACUUCUCAUGGUACCGUAUAGCAAAUUACCAUCUGUACUUUUUAACCCAUUAGACAUCCAUACCUAAUAUGUAUAUGAAUAGAAACAUAGACCAAUUAAUAUUCUACAGCAGCGUUUCCCAAUUGGUGUUCCACAGACCCUUAGCCUAGCCAAAACCUAGCCUAAAUACAAAGAAAAGCAUUCUAUUAAAUUUCACAUCAAAAGUAAUACUGCUUCUAUUCUGCAACUAGAGUUUAGAGUUAUGGAAAUCAUAUGGACAACAUUCAACAGUCUAAUUGUAGUAGUAGUGCUUGAAUUCCACCAGUAGGGGCUGUAAGGUUAUUCAGUCAAAGUUUAUUAGCUUUCAUUUCGAAGUUGUAGUUAUGAGUUUUAAUCUACAGAGGUCACAGGAGUGGUAGUUAUAAACUUUCAUCAGCAGAAUUCACAGGAGUGCAAACAUCUGCACAUAGACUGAUUCAGGGGAAGGAAACAUUUAGCACUCAAGAUGUUGUGGACUACAUUUCCCCCUGAUUCUUUAACAGCAUUAUGGCUGAAGAGUAUUAUGGGAGAUGUAGUCCACAAUAUCCAGAAUGGCCAACUAGCCUCCUUUUAUAGCCCCAAUUACUCAACAGUUUAUGCACUUAACCCCUUAAGGACACAUGACAUGUGUGACAUGUCACGAUUCCCUUUUAUUCCAGACGUUUGGUCCUUUAUUGGGUUAAACAAGAGUCCUGCAUGUUUUUAAUGCUGGUUCACUUUAUUUGACUUUAGCUACUUAGGGAGACAGGUCAGCAGACAGAGAUUGCCUGUUUUUACUCUCACUUUGCCUGUAUGGAAGUAGGAUUGCCAGAUAAUCAUAUAUAUGCAAGAGGUAGGUUACCCCAAACUACCUCUAGCUUAUGUAGAUAACUAGUUAACACCUAGGCGUGGGGUUUGUUUUACUAGUUGUAAUACUUUAUGCAAAAUGUAUGCAUUUUUAUGAAUGUGAAUAUUGUUUGUGUUAAUUAUUUUUGUAUUCUUGAUUUAUUGAUAUUUAUAUUGUGAAAUAGUACUUACUAAACAUAGCCCUAUUAAACAUACGAGUACUUUGGUUAUUUUGUGUAUUUCUUGAUAUCCAGCCCAUUUAGGGAAAGGGGUCUUACUAUUCUAUUCCAUUAAACACCCUUAAAUGACUUCAAAUAAAUUCAUGAUAUUGCUUGAACCCAUAUUUGUGUUAUGCUUCUUUUAUUGUGAUUUUGUGUAGGUAUCAGAAACUGGCUCCUACACUCACCUACAUCGCACUCCCAUGCUGCACUUCUCUCUCACUGCACAAGGAUGCCGUGUUGGAAUGCGACCCCGUCCAGACAGUCCCUCACGUUCAUACAAACACCACCUCUGUUUGUGCGAAAGCCACUUACCGAUCAUGGCAACACUGGAGGCAGAACUCUGUUCAUACCAACGCCACCUCUGUUCAUGUGAAUGCCGCUUGCCACACAGGAGACAGAACUCUGUUCGCACGAACACCGCCGCUUCCCACACAUGACCACACAGGAGACAGAGAAUCAAAGGGCACGCACGGAAAAGCAAAACCUUUUAAAGGUACAGGAGGUGGAAACCAGGGAGGAGUUACAAUAAACAAGACCACCCACUCUCCCUAUUUAUACCACACACCCUUGACUCCUCGCUGAGUUGUACUGUGCUCCUGAUCAUGUAAAGACCUUCAGUGACUAUCCUGUGGUAUCCUAAUUUUGAACCUUGCCUGUACCAUUGCUUCUGAACCUGAGCCACCUGUCCUGAUCUUUUAGCUUCCCUGACUACUCUCUUCGUCUGGUCCUUUUGUACUGUAAACUUAGUCAAUUGCCUUCAGUGCUCCUCUGCAUCUUGGGCUCUGUAUACUAAACAGUGAACCCGACAGUAUGUUAAUGAUGUGUCUAUUGGCACAGUGCCACUUUCAGAAAAUUUUAUUUGGACAUAGAUGUUUCCUGUUUAAUAAUAUAAUUGUUGAUUCUAGUGUGAGACUGCUGAUUAUAGGUUGCUGCUUUGCCUAGUCAGUGCCACUUGUAGCAAGUUUGAUUCACUUAUUUAGAUUUUGACAGCUCUUUCUUGUUAACUAUUUGUAGAAAUAAAUUCAUUUUCUUUGAUAGUGUUGGUCAGUAAAAAAAAUAAAAAAAAAUAAACAGGUUCUACUUGCCUAGAUAUUGCCAUUUACACAAACUUUAAAUGGGAGAUAGAUUGGCUAGCGCGUUCUGCUGGCUAUUGGUUUGUCAGCUGAUGAUAGACAGCAUUAAAUUAGGAGUUGAUGGCAUAAAUGAGUCCAAAAAUGUAAAGUAGUGCUUUUGUCAGUUAUCAUUGCACAAGGUAUUCCAUGGAGAUGAUGGAUUUCUUGAAGGAAUAUAGAGACUGUUAUAUCUGCAAGCACAGUAGAAGCAAUAACAUCUUGGUGAAUCUAUGACCAAUAUCAUGGUGUUGUGUUUGUGUUGCAGAAGCAGAUCAACAAUGAAAUCCAUUGUGAUGUCUAUCCAUGAACUUGAGGGAAUGAACAAAGUAUUGGACCUGGUGAAAGUGUUGCAGGAGAAAAUGUAUUUCCUGGUAUCUUGGACGAGGGUAGGUGACAAAAAGUAACUGUGGUUGCUUUUUCCAGUUCUUGUGAUACUUCCAUGGCCUGCAGCUCGGAAUGUGCAGGAUAUUGUGCCAGAUAGAGGGUGGUACAUAGACUAAAGAUAUGUGCAACCAGGUGAAAUUAUGUAACCUAAGAAGUCUACGGAAUGUGUGUUGAAUGUGCAAUUUUUCAGUUGGUGUACAAUCAUGUUCUUAUGCAGGCAUUGUAAUACUGUAUUUACAGGUUCAAUGUGUUUAACCAAAGAGGUAGAGAAAACAAGGAUUUCAUUUAGCUAUAUGAACAAAAAGAUGACCACUAGAUCCCAAAAUGUGUAGUUGAAAAAGUUUUGGAAUGUAGCUGAUGCAUUGCAUAAGCCAAAGGACAUGACUAAAUACUCAAAAUGUACAUGGCACAUCCUGAAUGCCUUCUUCCAUUCAUCUCUUUUGCAUAUGCAGAUGAGAUUAUAAACUCCCAGAGGUCUAUUUUGAAAAUUGGAAGUGCUACUAAGAUGAUGAGAACUGUCUUGAUGGGUGUUCCAUUAACCAUGUACAGCAACAGUGAAAAGGACUUCUUUUUAGUAAGGAUGGACAAUAUCUGUACAAGAGCUUAAUCUAUGAAACAUCCACUGACUCCAGUGGCUGUGGUAGCUGGAGAUACAAACAGGUAUAAGGAUAUGGAGACAGCAGCUGCAUUCCAGGAAAGGUGGACAAUGGUUCUCUUACCAGGAAAAGAUUGGGGAAAUUGGGAAAUUCCUACAUAGAUGAUCGGGUUAACCACAACAUAUAUAGGAAGAGCUCCUGAGAGUGAUGUCUCUUUAGCAAGUUAAGAGGUAACAGACUAAGUCUUUCUGCAUUGGUUCUUCAGGGGCACCAUUACACCAGGAGUCACAGCAAGCUGUAAAACAACCCAGCAACUUCUGGGACACACACUGGAGCUCCAUACAGUCACCUUCAGGUGAUGACUAUAAAUUAAGUCCUGUAACCAAAUAUCUUGGAUAUUUCAUGUACUCUUCUACUCUGGAGUUCUCAG